GGCUCUCCACCGUUGGCAACUUUUCGCGAGGCUGACAAAAUCAGUGGCGCGGCUGAGCCAAUGAUCCGAUAUGGUUGCCAGGAUUAGCCCCAAAAUCCCAUGAUAAUUGUAUCUAUUUAUUAUUAAUGCCCUAGAAUGCUGUAAAUGUAUAGAAAGCAACAGAGGUGGACUUGGGUAUAAAUAUUGCAAUACCUACCCCCCAAAAACGAAACGCUCUCUAUCUCAUCAUCAUCACUCACUUGUACCUCAUUCAGUAGUUUACUCUCAAAAUGCCCGCCAACACUUUUCUCGUCACUCAAGCCACUGGCGAACAGUCCAAAUGGGUCAUCACCCAUCUUCUUCAGGCUGGUGCAAAAGUCCACGCCGUUGUCCGCGACCUCACUAAAGCCCCGGUUCUGCUUCACCACCCCAACAUUACCCUCUUCCAAGGAGAAAGCAAAAGCUUUGAUGACAUUUAUACUGCGGCGCAGGGCUGCAAGGGGGCUUUCCUUAACACGUUUCCCAUCCCUGGCCUCGAGGCCCUCCAGGCACAGACCAUUGUGGCUGCCUGUGAGAAGGCUGGUGUGGAGAGUCUAGUGGCGUGCACAACAUACCUGACCGGACAAAAGUCGAGAUGGGACAAUGAAGACGCCAAGAAAUGCCUUCUUGAAGACUACUUUACUUCCAAAACGCAAGUGGAAGCGGCUGUACGAGGCUCAUCUAUCAAAGCGUACACCAUUCUGCGCCCCGCCAUCCUCUUCCAAGAUUUUUACUUGCCCGGUGCAUACGGGAACUAUCCCAGACUUGCCGAGGGAGUUCUUGACCACGCUUUCAACGACGGAAUCAAAGGGCCCUUUACAGAUGCCCAUGAUGUUGGAGCGUAUGCAUCAGCCGCGCUCCUAGACCCAGCGCGCUUCCACCAGCAGGAGAUUGACCUCGCGAGCCAAGCACUUACAAUUGCCGAAGCGCAUAAGCUGCUUGAAAAGGCUAGCGGUCAGAAUAUCAAGCUGCACCGACGUACUGCGGAGGAGGAGGAGGACGGUGUAGCUGCUAUUUUCGGUCAGCGAUUUCAGCUAUGGUCGAAUGUUGAAACGUUUGAUAUUGACAGUACGGCGGAGAAGACGGCCAACAAGUACGGAGUUCAGUUCACUACGUUGGAAGCCGCACUGCAGAGAGACCGCGAGCGGUUGACAUACCUUGCUCUGUAG